ACAUAUUGAAGAAGAGAAAAUUUGUUUAUUAUAUUCUAAUAUAAUAUUAAACCUUCAAUAUAUAUAAAAUGAAACCGUCAAUUUUUAAUGAGAAUGAGUCGGUAUUACUCGUAGGAGAAGGAAAUUUUUCCUUUUCCGUAGCGUUGUGUCAACUUAAUCUCAAAAUAAAUUUAAUAACUACGUGCUUCGAAUCUGUCAUAUCUCACGAAACUGGAAAGAAAAACAUAGAAUACCUAAAAAGGCAUGGCAUUCGUGUACUGCUGGGGAUAGAUGCAACAAAAUUAAUGGAAAAUCCUAUUUUGAAAACUAAAUCCUUCGAUAAAGUUAUAUUUAAUUUUCCUCAUGUGGGUGGUAAAAUGAGAAUAGAAAAAAAUCGAGAAUUGUUAAGACAAUUUUUCAUUGAAAUUGAAAAGUUAAAUAAUUCUAAUGUAGAAGUAUUGAUAACUCUUUGUAAUGGUCAAGGUGGGACUCCUAUGGAUGAACCUAAAAGAAAUUGGAAUGAUUCAUGGAAAGUUACAGAAAUGGCAGCGCAUGGAAAUUUUAUAUUAACUAUGAUAGAACCAUUUUUGUGGUCAUAUUUUCCUAGCUAUAUAGUUACCGGCUAUCGCAGUUUGGAAAAACAAUUUCAUACCAUGCAUGCAUUGAUUCAUUUUUUUAGGCGAUCAGAGCCACCUAAUUAUCAAAAUAUAUCUCCAACAAAUAAACUUGAUAUUAAAGUUUAUGAAUCAUUUUAUACAAGCACAAAUUUUCAUUGUGAUAAUAAACAUCUUGCAAAUCCUUUACGUAGUCAAAAAUCCAAAUCAUUGAGCAAUACAUCACAAUAUUUUGUGGAUAUAAAACAGGUAAGAGUCAUUGGUGGAAGGGGUGGCGACGGAACCAUAUCAUUUCUGCAAUUAUGGAAAAAUGAUCGUGCAGGACCUGAUGGAGGAGAUGGUGGACAUGGUGGGCAUGUAAUUUUUCAGGUUUCAAAAAAUACUAAAGAUCUUAAACAUAUACAAAGUAUCUUUAAAGCAGAAGAUGGAGAAAAUGGCGCUUCUAAAAAUUGUCAUGGUAAAUGUGCAGAGCAUAAUAUUAUACCAGUUCCUGUUGGAACUAUAAUACGUAAUAUAGAAGGAACAAUAUUAGCUGAUUUGAAUCAAGAGAAUUCAAUGUUUAUUGCUGCACGAGGAGGGGCAGGUGGUCAUGGGAAUCCCUUUUUUACUUCUGACACUCAACAAUCUCCAAAAAUUUGUGAAUAUGGAGCAAAUGGUGAAGAUUUGCAAUAUAUAUUGGAAGUAAGAAGUAUGGCUCAUAUUGGACUUAUUGGUUUUCCAAAUGCUGGUAAAAGUACACUUUUAAGAGCCAUAUCCAGAGCUAGACCAAAAGUAGCAUCUUAUCCAUUUACAACUUUGAAGCCUCAUGUGGGUAUGAUACCCUAUGAUGAUUAUGAACAAAUUUCAGUGGCAGAUUUACCUGGACUUAUAGCUGACUCUCAUAAAAAUAAAGGUCUUGGUAUAACAUUUCUUAAACACGCAGAACGUUGUGCUAUUUUAUUAUUUGUUAUAGAUCUCUCUCUUGAUAAACCUUGGGAAGCAUUAGAAAUAUUAAAAUAUGAAAUUAGUCAAUUCAACAAAAAUUUAAAUAAUAGAUCUCUUAUCGUUGUUGCCAAUAAGAUGGAUUUACCUGAAGCAGAGGAAAAUCUAAAAUUGUUAAAAGAAAAGAUCGAUAUGCCUAUUAUACCUAUAUCUGCAAAAGUAGGUAUUAAUAUAUCUACUUUGUUAAAAGAGAUUAGGGUAUUAUAUGACAGACUAAAAGAAGAAAACGACAAAUCAAUGAAUACAAAGGAAAGUUUUAUAUAAUUUAAAUAUAUGUGUUUAAAAAUACAUAGUUGUACAAA